UGAAAACUGGUUAGAAGGUCUCAUUCCAGAUGAAUUUGGGAAAGUAAUGAAGUCUCUUGAAGUUCUUCACCUUGAAACUAACAAACUGCAAGGUGAGAUUCCAGCUUCUCUUUGGAAUAUAUUCACAUUGAAGGAAUUAUACCUAAACAGAAACAACUUGAGUGGAGAAAUUUCUAACAUCAUUCAAAAUUCUUCACAGUGCAAUAGACACGUAUUUCAGACUCUCGAUCUAUCUUAUAACCAGAUUACUGGAAUGCUACCAAAUCUUUCAACUUUUAGAUCUUUGAGGAUGUUAGAUCUUUCCAUUAACCAGUUUACUGGAGAAAUACCACAAAGCAUUGGGUUUCUUAAUGAGCUGGUGUCUCUUCGCUUGGGGGGGAAUCACUUUGAGGGUGAUAUCAAUGAAUUGCAUGUAACAAAUAUGUCCAAAUUGGUGUUGUUAGAUUUAACAGAUAGCUCGUUGUCUGUAAAGUUUGAUACAACCUGGGUUCCACCUUUCCAAUUAUUUCGUUUGGGAUUAGGUUCUUGCAAGUUGGGUCCUAGAUUCCCAAAUUGGCUCCACACUCAAAGAUACUUAUGGUAUGUAGAUAUUUCUGAUGCUGGGAUUGAUGAUUUUGUACCAGAGUGGUUUUGGAGCAAGUUACAGCAUAUAAUUGGGCUGAAUAUGUCUUGCAACAGUCUCAAAGGUACGAUUCCGAAUUUGCCAAUCAAGCUUACUAAUGAUUAUAAUGCUAUAAGUCUAGGAUCAAAUCAACUUGAAGGUGAAAUUCCAACUUUUUUAACACAAGCUUCUGCAUUGGAUCUAUCCAAAAAUAAGAUUUCGGAUUUAAAUUCAUUCUUGUGCACGAAAAGCGCAACCACAGCAAUGCUUACUUUGGAUUUAUCAAAUAAUCAAAUAACGGGACAACUGCCCAACUGUUGGAAACAUCUAAAAAAUUCAUUAGAAUUACUUGAUUUAAGCAAUAAUAAAUUGUCAGGGAAGAUUCCAAAGUCCAUCGGUACUCUUGUUAAUUUGCAAGCUUUGGUCUUACGAAACAACAGCUUAACUGGAGGCCUACCAUUCACAUUGAAGAACUGCACUGAUUUAGUCAUGUUAGAUGUGAGUGAAAACUUUUUGUUUGGUCCAAUACCCUUGUGGAUAGGAGAAAAUCUUCAAGAAUUGAUAAUCUUGAGCUUGAGAGUAAAUCGCUUCUUCAGAAGUGUUCCAGCAAACCUAUGUUAUUUGAGGCAAAUUCAUUUCUUGGACCUUUCAAGGAAUAAUUUGUCGGGAGGAAUUCCUACAUGUCUGGGGCAUUUUACUGAAUUGGGGGAAAGGGAAAUAACAACAUAUGAAAUUGUAAAGGGUCGAAAAAUAACAUCUUCAUAUACAUCUCUUGAUAUUUACGACUCUAACGUGUUAUUCACGUGGAAAGGUCAGGAUUAUGUGUUUUGGAAUCCCGAGUUUCUUUUAAAAAGCAUUGAUCUCUCAAGUAAUGAUUUAACGGGUGCAAUACCAAAAGAGAUUGGAUAUUUAGUUGGAUUGGUUUCUUUGAAUCUAUCAAGAAACAAAUUAGAUGGAGAAAUUCCUACUGAGAUCGAGAAUUUAAGUUGGCUAGAAUUUCUGGACUUGUCAAGAAACAAAUUCUCUGGCAAAAUUCCAUUUAAUCUUUCCAAAAUUGAUAGGCUUGGUGUGUUAGACUUAUCCAACAAUGAUCUCAGUGGAAGAAUCCCAUGGGAAGGACAUUUGGAAACAUUUGAUGCCUCUAGUUUUGAAGGAAAUCUUGAACUUUGUGGUGAACCACUCAACAAAAGCUGCCCUGGAGACAAGACAACAGCAAAGCCUCAAGAACCAGCAGUCCAUGGUGAAGAAGAUAAUUCAGUUUUCAAUGAAGCAUUAUACAUGAGUUUGGGGUUAGGAUUCUUUGCAGGCUUUUGGGGAUUAUUAGGGCCAAUAAUACUUUGGAAACCAUGGAGAAUUGCUUAUCUGAGGUUCUUAAACAGAGUGACAGACUAUGUAUUUGUAACAGUUGAACUGAAUAUAGCCAAGUGUUGUAGAUGGUCGGAAAGCUAGCACUAGCAGUUUGUAGCAGAUUAGCUUCGAUCUGGGAUGAAAGCUUCAUGGAUUGUUAAAUGUGUAAGAUAUACAGUAUUGAUGUUUCUAGUGUUAUGUAAUGUAAAAUUGUGGUUUCA